AUGUGGGUCAUUCCGCGCGCUCAUCACCGGGAACGGAUGCAGGUUUCACAACUUGCCAACAUGGGACAGAGCUGGAUAUCGGACAGGUCAUUCCUAACGAAUAUCCUAAAACAAGGUAACUGGCCAUUAUGAAGAGCUUUGGUGAGAUGCAAUAUUAACGGAUAUGUAUAGAGAUGGAGAACGGUACAAACCACACGCAGGACCGCGCGCACGGAGCGCAGGAGCAAGAGAAUGGAGACGGGCAGAACAGCGUGCGAGCUCUGCUGGGUUUCGUGCUCUUCCUCCUUAUUAUCUCCACACUACUUGGCAACACGCUUGUGUGCGCCGCCGUGGUCAAAUUCAGGCACCUGCGCUCCAAAGUGACAAACUUUUUCGUUAUUUCUCUGGCGGUUUCGGAUCUCUUCGUGGCCGUUCUGGUGAUGCCGUGGGAGGCUAUAUCCGCGGUGGCGGGCACGUGGCUCUUCGGCCGGUUUUGUGGCAUUUGGAUAGCCUUUGACAUCAUGUGCUCUACCGCGUCCAUCCUCAACCUGUGCAUCAUCAGCGUGGACCGCUACUGGGCCAUCGCGAGCCCGUUCCGAUACGAGCGCAAGAUGACCCACCGGGUGGCUUUCAUGAUGAUCGGGGUGGCGUGGACCUUGUCCAUCCUCAUCUCCUUCAUCCCGGUUCAGCUCAACUGGCACAUGGCUGAGGAAGGUGAGGAGGGCACAGCGGGUAAUGGCACCGACUACAGCGACAACUGCAAAGCCAACCUAAACCGGACGUAUGCAAUCUCGUCUUCGCUGAUAAGUUUCUACAUCCCCGUAAUCAUCAUGAUCGCCACGUACACGAGGAUAUUCCGUAUUGCGCAAACACAGAUCCGCAGAAUCUCCUCUUUGGAGAGGGCAGUGGAGCACGCGCAAAACCACCACCAUUCCAACGACUGUUCUAACGAGAACUCGCUGAAAACCACCUUCAAGAAAGAGACCAAAGUUUUAAAAACACUCUCGAUCAUUAUGGGGGUUUUUGUGUUCUGCUGGCUGCCGUUUUUCGUACUCAACUGCAUGGUGCCCUUCUGCCAGUGCGUGAGUGACACUACCUUCACCAUCUUCGUGUGGUUUGGAUGGGCCAAUUCCUCCCUCAAUCCCGUCAUCUACGCGUUUAACGCGGACUUCAGGAAGGCGUUCUCCUCGAUUUUGGGUUGCAAUAAAAUUUUCCCCAGCACAAACGUUGAGACGGUGAAUUUCAGUAACGAGCUGGUGUCCUAUCACCACGACACAACACUUCAGAAGGAAGCGCAGCCGCUGGCCAUCCAGAUGCCGAACCCUCGAGAGGAGCCGAGUCUCCCGUUCGAUAAGGAUUCGGUUACAUCAAACGUGUCUCGGAAUCACAAAAACAUGCACUUGCCCAACAUCGGACAGUUUGAGUGCGACGGGGAGAUUUCCCUGGACACUAUCACACCAUUCACCUCUACGGGACUCAUGGAGUGCGAGGGAAUCCCAGGUCAAAUAAUCACGGAAUGA